UGUGCUCCACUCGGUAGCGAGCAGGCAUGGGAUUUCGAUUUUUAAUGUCGUGAAAAAGCCUCGUUACAGUGAAAUUCAAGAGAAGAAAACGAGUAAACUGCUUAAACGUGGUCGGAACGGGCAAAUCCCAGUCUGACCGACCAUUUCGGUCCCGCGAUCUGACGAUGUAGUGUCGAGAAGUUUGGUCAGCGGUGAGCGCGUGUUUUGUAAAUUGUAGCCUGUGAAUGUAUUUAUUUUCCCUCUCGCGUUUCUGUCCGCGUACACAGGCAACAGUUUACGUGAUGAUUACGAGGACUCUGCUAGCUUAAGAAUAAACUGCGCAUCGCGGUUCCAGGUCGCGUUGCUGGAAAGCGCUUCGUUCGAUGCGUUUGUGUCGAAACGGAGCGGGCGACCCUUCCCAGAGAAAGCGCUUCCAAGGAGUGCGUUGGGAUCACCAUGGAUGGAGAUCGAAAUGCUACUUCGGAAAACACCGGCUGUGACACUUGCGGCGUAGCAUCGUUUCCAAGCCCAAACGCACAUUUGGAACACAACUUUUCGUUGUCCCACCACCUCAAGGUUGACCAGAAGUUCUCCACGAAUUGGUUCCACAUCUGCGAGCUGUGCCGGGUCAAGGCUGGUCCGCUGCAGAACUUUGUGGACCACCUGGAGGGACGCAAGCACAAGCGGGAGCUUGAGAUGUUCCGGCAAAAAAACAAGCAAAAGGGAAACUCGAAAACUCCAAAAGCGGCCAGCAAAAAAAACAACAACAGAAACAACAGCAAGGCGCAGCAGAACCAAAAGAACCAGAAACGACAGAAAGCCCAGCCCAAGAGAAGCGGACCCCCGAGAAACAACCACAACAAGCGCCUCGAGGAGCCACCAGAACCCGAUUGCCGGCAGUCCGCCGAAGAAGCCCAAUCCCGAGAGAUCGGUCGGAAGAGCGAACGCAGCCGGAGAAACGAAGCAGUCGAAAGCAGCAGCGGCGAGCACCGAGAUUUGCCCGAGCACCGACAGAGGGAGCGUCUGGGCGAAUCGGGCCGAUCAACAGAGCGUCCAAGCGAGUCGGGCCGAUCAACAGAGCGUCCAAGCGAGUCGGGCCGAUCUACAGAGCGUCCAAGCGAGUCGGGCCAAUCAACAGAGCGUCCAAGCGAAUCGGUCCGUUCAAGGGAGCAUUCGAGCGAAUCGGACCGUUCAAGAGUGCGUCCGAACGAAUCGGGCCAAUCAGGAUCGGCGGCCCAAUCGUGGGCCGAGGAUUCCGGGGAGCGUUCGAAGUCAGCCGAGAGGAGCUUCAGUUGUCCGGAGAAUCAGCAGGGAGAGACGUCGUUUGGGAGCGAGGGAAGCAUGGAGAACUUUAAUUGGCACAGGCCUCCGCCAAUGCCGCCCCACCGUCCGAUCCCUCCGCACCUGAGUCGGAGGGGUUACAGGGGGCCCGCCGAUCAGGAAGGGAACCAGUGGCGGAUGCCGGGGCUACCUCCGUACGACCCAUACUUUUCCAGGAGCAGGGACUUUGACAGAUACCCCCGUCCCCCCAUGCCCAGAGGAAGAGGUCGUUGGCACGGGAACGGCAGUGGAGGCGGUUACGAUUACUGCGCCUUCAACGACGGAGGGCCACCCCCAUGGAUGAACGACCAUCUCCCUUACGGGUGGUCCCCGGAACCUUCCGGCAACCGCGAGAGUUUGCCGGGAAAUCCGGAUCCUAAUUCGGCCCGAACGCCCGUGAGGACCAAAAUAGCCAUUACCGAAGGGUGGCUCAGCGAACCGUACGUGUCCCGUAAGGCGUCUUCGAAAGAAGAUGCCGGCAGCAGUGUGCCAGAUGCCUCAGCCGCGAAGUCAGCGCCGCCCAAGGCUAACGACAAACCGAAAGCCGCGGGAGCUUCGGGACAAACGGCACAAGCUGUUCCGAAGCCGGCGGUGACUGCGGCAUCCGUCAAGGCAGCAUCAUCCCCAGCUUCCACAUCAAAGCCCGCUAUCACUCCGAAAGCCACUCCUGCGUCGAAACUGGCUUCCGUGCCAAAGUCGGCUUCCGUACCAAAGUCGGGUUCCGCACCAAAGUCGGCUUCUGCGCCAAAGUCGGCUUCUGUGCCAAAGUCGGCCUCUGCGCCAAAGUCGGCUUCCACGCCAAAGUCGGGUUCCGCGCCAAAGUCGGGUUCCGCGCCAAAGUCGACUCCCGCGCAAAAGCCGAGUUCGGCGCUUAAGUCUGCACCAUCGCCAAAGUCGGCUCUGGAACCAGCGCCGGACGCAGCAAAGAGCGUCAAGAAAGAGCCCGAGCCGCAGACGCCGGAAUUAUUCACUCCGUUGCCUGCCGACCGGAACCACCACAUCUUCGUGUCCUCCUCCGAAGACGAAGCCUCGGAGACGACCGAGACGGCGCCGAAGAAGAUGCCGAAGCCGACCGAUGGCGGCAGGGACUUCGCCGCGGCCCCAAAGCCCCGGAAAAGGGCGGCAGACAAGGUUGCGCCAAACACGCCCGAACGGGCAGCCGCCACGCUGCCGAGGCAGUCCCCGGUGCGCAAGAGCCCCAAAGGGGGCGCCGUCUCGACGAAGGACGUCUACCGCAAGGACGUUCUCGACAAGCUGGUCAACUUCCCGUCGUCGCGCAAGGUGCAGACGCAGCUCACCAAGUGGAUGGUGGACCUGCACAAGAGCCACAAGGGAACGGCGCCGCGCUCUGCCAGCCUUCGUCUCUGCACGACGCGCAGCCUCCUCGGGCAGAGCGCCGAAGACGAGGUGGUCGGCGAGAUCGACUUCGACAGCCUGAUUCAGCAGGUCCAAGUCGGGGACCUCCCGGAGGAGAUGCUGAGGAGUCUCAAGAUGGCGCUGAGCUCGGACACCGAGCAGGCGGCGGCUUCGGACGACACGCACAGCUUCUUGUCGGACGACGAGUGCGUGGUGCUGCCCACGCCAGAAAAGGUGGUGGUGUCGGUGGACCUCGUGGCGGACUCGGACCGCGACACCGGCACGGAGGACGAGGCGGCGGCGGUGAAACCGAACCCGGGCACACCUAAGGUUGCAGUUGGUUGCAAGGAAGUGCCCGCUGCUCCAAAGGCAGACGAAGCGAUCGGCAGGCUCACGAAUGCAGACGUCGACAACGUACGAAAAGCAAAGCCAGUCCGACGGAAAGCCAGACUCGGGGAUAAACAGCGCACCACAAGGGACGAAGAAGAGGAUGGAAUGUCGAGCCACCCUGUCACCGAAGUUCCGUGCGACCAGCCACAAGACCAGCCUCUACCACGAUCCAAGACCUCUACUCCUCUGGGAACACCAAGGCCGCCGUCUGCCUCGGCCGACGGACAGCAGCAGACGACGGCCAGGCAGACGACUCCGCUCCCCAGUUCGUCCGGUCCUGGGAAGGCGCCUUCCCCGCUCCCAGCCUCCCUGGCGCCACCCGCGAUCACGAAGGUGGAGCCGGGGCUGGCGUCGGCCGCUCAGGGCAGUGCCACGCCCCCGCUCAAGGGCCUGGUGGACGAGCUGGUGCAGCUGUGCCACGAGGAGGACCAGAUCCGGCUGCAGACAGCCGCGGUUGAGCAGAACAUCGCCAGCGUCACCCUCACCCUCGAGGAACUCAAGAAGAAGAGGGACGAGUUGCUCUCCAGAGAAAGUCAGGUCAGGAAAGCGAGACUGGAGAGGUUGGAGUGCCUCCAAGGGGUGGCAUCCCUGCACGGCGGACAGCCGCUGCCGUUCACGGACCACGCCCAAGCCUUCCCCAUCAAAACGGAGGUCCUGGCGUCCUUUGACGGCUCGUCGGACCCUUUCAGCUUCCUCGUGACGCCCUCCGUGUCUGCAGCGCCAACGGUCUCCUUCACCCAGGCAAGUCCUCGGUGCAGAGCUCGUGGUGACGAACCACAGUGA